AGGGAAACUAAGGCCGAUGAUGGACAACGACGCUCAACAACUGGCGUCCUAUUUGGAAAACGUCUUGGUUCAACUACAAGAUUCCAAUAAUAGUGUGCGUUCAGAAGCAGAGAAGGAGUUUGAACAAGCAAAGCAACACGCUUCCGCAUGUUUGAAGGCAUUGGUCGGUUUACCACAUUCUUCUCAGAACCCAAUUGUAAAGGUUUCUGCACCGGUAUUACUUCGAAGAAACGGAAUCGAACUUUGGAAUGGCUCCGAUGAAGCAAGCAGGAAGAUGGCAAAGGAAAAUAUUUUCAACGUCUUAAGACUCGAACUGAAUAAUAAGAGCCUAAGAAAGAAACUUUGUGACACUUUAACGUUCCUUUCUUGUAACUGCGGUACAGUAGACGAUCAACCGUGGCCCGAAUUGUUGCCUUUUCUGUUUCAACUCAUGCAAUCAAACAACGUAGGAGAAAAAGUUUGUGGUCUUGAACUGUUAUGCCAAAUGGUGGAAUAUGUAAGUUCGUCCUGGAUAGAGCCUCAAUUGCCUUCUUUCCAUACCGUAUUUCAUAGCGCUUUGUCAAGUGGUCAACAGGAAUUACAGUCGGUUGCACUACGCGCUACUUGCAGUGUUUUAACUACAGUCGAGAGCAAGUUAUGUGCACACUUUCAAGAUUUGGCUCCUCUUAUGUUACAAACACUGAAUAACUUGAUCAGUCAAGGACUUUUCGAAGAAACAGAAUCUUGUCUAGAAAGUUUGGUCGAAGUUGCGGACAGUGAACCCAAAUACUUUAAACGAGUCAUUGCACAAUAUUGUGAUUUUCUAACCAAAUUGGCUGCAGAGAUCAAUAUGGAAGAAGAUAUUCGACAGGAAGCACUAGAGUUUCUGGUUGCUAUAUGUGAAAAGUUACCAAGCAUCUCUAAAAAGACUAGAAACUUUGUACCUGAACUGUUCCGAGUCUCUUUGUCUAUGAUGUUAGAACUGGAGGAUGAUCCCGAGUGGUAUACUGUCGAUGACGAGGAUGAAGAUGAUUCAGGAUUUAGUCCCAACUUCGAUGCAGGUCAGGAGGCUUUAGAUCGUAUCGCACUUUCACUCGGAGGAAAGACAUUAUUGCCUAUUGCAUUUCAAGUACUGCCACAUUUUCUAGCCAGUCAACAAUCUUGGGUUCAUAGACACGCAGCGAUUUUAGCUAUUAGCCAAAUUGGAGAAGGAUGUCGAGACCAAAUGGUUGAGCAAUUAGAAGCUGUUGUAGAUAUGGUUCUUCAGAGACUGCAAGAUCCUCAUCCUCGUGUUCGUUGGGCUGCUAUUAACUGUAUCGGACAAAUGUGUACCGACUUCGCUCCCUGGAUGCAACAAAGACUUCAUCAAAAGAUUAUUCCAGGUCUCAUAUCUUUAAUGAAUGAUACUGCCAAUCCACGCGUUCAAGCGCAUGCAGCUGCUGCUAUCAUCAACUUUUGUGAAGAUGCUUCUCCAGAUAUUAUUUCUCCUUAUUUGGAUGGAUUAUUACAAAAGCUUUUGGAACUUUUAGCUUCCAAUCGUCGAAUCGUUCAAGAACAAGCAGUUUCAGCUAUCGCUGCAGUUGCUGACUCUGCUGAACAAUUUUUCAUCAGAUAUUAUGACUCAUUUAUGCCUCUUUUGAAGAAUAUUUUGUAUUCGACAGAAGGACAUAAACCCCUUCGCCGACUUCGAGGAAAAGUAAUCGAAUGUAUUUCACUUAUUGGAGUAGCUGUUGGAAGAGAUAAAUUUGGUGUAGAUGCUGCACAAAUAAUGGACCUAUUGGUAAGAACUCAGUCUGCACAACUAGAACCAGACGAUCCUCAAGCGGCAUAUCUCAUGCAAGCUUAUGCAAGAAUAUGUCGGUGUCUUCGAGAAGCGUUUGUUCCAUAUCUUCCUUAUGUCAUGCCAGCUCUGUUGAUUGCUGCAAAAGUAAAACCAGAUAUUGAGGUAGCAGAUGCUCUCGAAGAUAACGUAGAGGAAGAUACUGACGGUGAAUUGGAUACUUUUCGAGUGGGUGACAAAAGAAUAGGAAUAAAGACCAGCGUAUUGGAAGAUAAAGCUACGGCUUGCGGAAUGAUUGCUUGUUUUGCUUCGGAACUACGAGGCUAUUUUUAUGACUAUGUAGAAGAAGUGACCAAGAUAAUGGUGCCUUUGUUGAAAUUCUUGUUUCAUGAAGAUGUCCGAUCUGCGGCCGCUAGUUGCCUUCCAGACUUGUUACGUUCAGUGAAUGAUAAAUUUCGAGCAGAUGAACAGUCACGUAGAGCUGGGAUACAGGGUUUGGUUGACUAUAUGAUUCCCAAAUUACUUGAAGCUAUUGAAUUGGAACCUGAGCCGGAUGUUUUGGAUGUGAUGAUAGAUUCUCUUGGAGAAUGUUGUGUUUUGGCAAAGUUUCCAAUUCUCUCCGAUAAAACAAUGACUCAGAUUUGUCAGCUUCUGAAGAAUGUGUUGCAAGACCGAAAGAGUCGUUUAGAAGAAUUGGGAGAUUUGGAUGAUGAAGACGAGGGUUUGGAAGAUGAGGAAUCUGGUCAUGCAGCAGGAGAAGCCCGGGAAAAGGAAGAUACCUUAUUGGACUCUGUUAUUGAUUGUGUGGCUUGUCUUAUCAAGACGCAUACAAAUGUCGGAUUUAUCAAAGCAUUAGAAACCCCAGUUGGAAAUGAAGGCACACCUAUUUCUCUGGUGGCAAAAUUUGCGGAAAUGUUGUCCAAUCAAGUUGAGCCAGUCGAGCGAAAAGCAGCUAUUUGUGUUUUUGAUGAUAUUAUUGAAUGGGGUGGUGAAGAAGGUCGCAGAUAUAUACGUCAGGUGUUGCCUGCAUUGGAUGCUUUUGUUACUGACAAAGAUGCCAACGUGAGACAAUCAGCUGCCUAUGGGUUAGGUUUAUGUGCACAAUUGGGUGGAACAGACUUUAGUAGUUAUUCUUCUUCCGUAGGACAAAAACUACUAAGCUACUUAUCCUGGCAAGGAGCGUACACAUCGGAAAAUGUUUCUUCCACGGAAAACGUGAUAUCAGCUCUCAUGAAGAUGGUAGAAUAUCAAAGGUCUCUUUGUGAUGUUUCCAACUUCAUAGACCCCAUUCUGAAUGGUCUUCCACUAAAACAAGAUGAGUCAGAAGCACUUAUUGCGCACGAACUGUUUUCUAUAUGGCUAGAAAGAAGGGAUGCUAUGAUAUUAGGGCAGCAAUAUGAAAGGCUUUUACAAGUUGUCCGAAUUGCCCUGAAUAUCGUAGGUUCCAAUCUAGUGAGUGAUACCUCAAAUUGUCGACUGGUAAACUUUCUGAAGAGUCUAAGUAAUGACUAUUCUGAUCUACAAAGGACAUUGGCUGAGCUUGAGGAAGGCUUACAACAAAAACUGUAUGGGAUUUGGAAAGAGAGUUGAAUAAAUUCAAUCCUGUUUUUUUUA